AUGACCACGCGUGUCGAGGCGAUGCAAAUUGAGUAUAAAAUUGAGCAUGGAGCCGGCACCGAUGGUCGAUCUGACGACUUGAGAAGCUGGUCUAGUCGAGCACAACUCGCUGAUGUGAUUGACAUUGAAAGCCCCCGGCAAUCCCCAGAGCGCCCCUGGCUGUAUCGUUUCUGGCUGUAUCUUCAGAGUUCAGACCUGGCCUCCUGGGGCCAGAUUCGAGGUCCCUUCCGUCCCACGGGAUGGGUACAAGCUGGAGCCACUUCGCGCACUCGGAGAUACGGCACUUGGGGAGCCGACAUUCCAAACGAAUUCGAAGCCAGCUUCCUGCGCGGCUGGGAGGAGGAAAAUGAAAAAUUGAUGAUAUGGUCCAUGAGGAUACUGCGCGAGGACAGCAUGGUUGCUCUCCUCGACGACAUGAACUACUACCGGCUCUCUGCCCUCCACAACGAUGAUGGAAAAGGGAUAGGAAGCAUGGCCGAUCUUGGCCCCGAGGAUGCGAGACGCGUCGCAAUGUUGGUCCGCGCUGCUCACGCCACCCAAUCCCACCUCUUCUUCGCCUGUUUCAGAGGCACCUGGGCUGGCCCCAGGGAAUGCAAAGUAUCCAGCCAACGCGCCAAAGACGUAACCAGCCGCUACACGCCUACAGGAUUCGAAGAUCUCGACGAUUUCGCCGGUCGAGAGUCAGAGCCUGGGUCUGCCCAUCACAGGGAAGAGCACUGGGCGGAGUUUGUCGGGCUUGGCGAGCCGUUCCUGAAGGAGAUGCUUGGCGACAAGUACGACAGCCUGCUGGAGACGACGUUCUUGUACCGAUAUGGCCCCGAGGAGAAUCCAUCGAGGGACCUCGCUUCUCGCGGCGCGGCUGUGGCCGCCGCAAGGCGAGCUCGGAAAGUCGCCGCGCGAUCCGCUGCAGCAAACGCUGCUUUAGGCUCUGCCCCUAGGCCGGUUGUCGGGGAAGAUGAGAAUAUAACUCUUUGA